AUGAUUUCCACCUGGGCCACUGCCUAUGUUGUGGUAAAGGACGUUCAUAUUAUCCUGAGGAACGAUAAGGAGUUCUCAGAGGCGGAAAGGCUGGACAUGCAGAGCUGCUCGUCGUCUGGGGGCGGAUUCCUUUGCUUCCAGGCGUCCAAGAGCAGCUUCAGCUUGGACCACCAUGAGGCAUUCACUAUGAAGAGCGACAACAAAACAAUCUCAAUCAAGAUCCCAGCUCCUCAAAUCCUGGGGUGGUGCUCGCAGUUGGCGCCGCAGGAUGACUCAUUGCCCAUGUACACGCCGUUUGGUGCAAAUAAGUUUGAGAAGCUCAAGGGUGAACAGUGA